UGUUGGAGUGUGUUUUAUUGCAUAUGAUAUAAUACAGCAUAAAAAUGCAGUCCCAUUACCAAAUGCAUUUAAACACAAUGAAUGACUUAUGAUGAAUGACUGAUCUUAAACAUAUACAUGCGCGGGUGUGUGUGUGUGUUGGGGGGGGGUAUUAAUUUGUAAAUCAUAAAUUACUAUUAUAAUAAAACAGAGCUGUAAAGGAACACGUCCGGAUUAAUUAAAUACAGAUAACACUGGUUAAGUUGAAUUAACAAAAAUGCUGUAUCAAGACAUUUUCAUUUAAAACCGUUGCCUAUAUGUUGUAUCACAUAUACAAUCAAAGCAAAGUAGACCAAGAUUGCAUUGAGUUGCCAGUUUAAUAAGAAGCUACAGUCAUUGGGUGGACAAAAUGACUGAAAUACAUCUCAGUAUAAGGCAAUACAGUUCACCAGCAACACAAAAGACAGCCUCCAAAAAGAUAACGCUGAAUCAACACCUCUCUAAAACGGUUUUAAGAAAACUGAAUAUAACAACCUUUAUGAAGGUUGGAUUUAUUAUGGGGCUGUUGUAUUAAACAGAUUUAGUUUUAGCUAGGUGUAGAGAAUAAACUAGCAACUGUGUGUACACUAUAUUAUUAUCAUUCUGUGCCAACGUUUGAGGAACUAUUUUAUUCAGCAGUUCCAGGAAAGAUGAAUGACUGCAGAUGGCAGCAGUAGAUUUGUAGGAAGUCUAAUACAGAUGAUUGAUGUCUGCUGUUUUCUGUUACAAAUAGAGAUGUGUGUCACUGUAAAAAUGUCUCCUGCACCUUCUUCUGAUAACUAUCUACCACGCACCGACGUGUGUCAGUUUUUUCUGUCACUACCUACAGUAUGUUAAGUAUUAAUAUAGUCAAAAUAAUUCUGAUUAUUUUAAAGCGUUAGAGAGAAACAGUUGUGUAUAUUUAUAUUAGUGUUUUAAAGUUUCAAAUGUAGUAAACACACCCUACACUAAUUAUAUACAUUGUUAAAGUUAGCUAUAAAUUGUACGUGAAGGCAUAAAGGUAUCUAACUUUAACUUCUGUCAUCGUUAAUGUAAAGCAACAGUGUCGAGUCAUACAAAUACCAUGACACCGGGCUAUUAGUGGUGAAAUCCUGCAGACGACAUAUUGUGUAAUAUGUCAUGCUUUACAGGAUCAACUGUCUGAAGCCACAGGCACAGGAUGUCACACAUGAUCUAAUUUAACAAUCAAAUUCACAAACUGAACUGAAGAGAGAGUCCACUGGAUGAGCACCCUAUACACAGUAUAUUCACAUACGAUGGAACAGUGAAUUAUACUUUCUGAAAAAUAAUAAUAAUAAAUUCACCUUGUUCACCUAUUCCAUGUCGAAUUUUGUGCGUUAAAAAUAAAAUUCCCAGUUAGACCUUCUUGCUGACCCAAUUUCAGCUCUCUUAGCAAAAGCCCAACAGGUACAUUUAAAUGCGGAAAUUAUUGUCCAAAGCCUACAUACGUAUACAGUCCUGACAGGAAGUCUCAGAAACAUAAGAAAUGAUGAGCAAGCAUGUACAGGUUAUCUCCUCAAUUCCUCCUGAAACAGGAGAGCGCUCCAUUUCUACUUACUCCUCUUGUUGCUCUUGGUUUCCUUUUCACAACUUCACAUCCCAUGAUGCCUGGAGCUGCCAGUGCAGCGACAGAGCAGUGACAGGUGAGCCAAGAACUGGAAGAAGUAUUUUGAUUUACUGGUAUUGAUGGCGCUGCUAGUUUCAGAAUGUAAAGACGUCUCUUCUGACUGCAUUUGAAUGUCAAGCUGUGCGAUGCUACUGUACAGGGUACUCGCUUUCUCACUGGCUUCCCCUGGUCACCCACUACAUACGCACACACACACACACACACACACACACACACACACACAGAUGUAAGUUUCAGGUUGGAGACCCCCUGUGUGACUAAGAUAGGGAAGCCCAUGCAGGUGUGUUUGUGAGUGACUCAACUCUGAAACAGAGGUAUGGAAAGGUGAAGUGGGCUAACUGAGAGCGUUUUGACUGGGUCUCCCCUCUAACACAAAGCAUCAACAGAAUCCCCUGCUUACUGAAAACCUGAACCUGGUUUCCAUCUUGGUUUCAUUUGAAAGAAAUGUCGUAAGUAAUUUAUGAAAAACAAAAAACAAAAUUUAGUUAAUAAUACAUAUCUGUAUUUUGAGGAAAUAAUGUGACAGGGUACGGAAAAUACUCUACAGCACAGCUAAAUAAGACACACUAUCGUAUUUAAUUCUCCCUCUCUGUUUCUCUGUGUGUCUCUCCUCCCACCCAUGGAACAGAUAAAUCACCCACAAAAGAGCAAAAUGUCAGCAAUGUUGCCCAUUACUAAAUCGGUGCAUUUACUUUCCAUCAGUGAACAGGAAACAGGACGGGCUCUGGGUUGCGCCAUAGCUGCUGAAGCUCUCUCAGUUGAUCUGAAGGAAGUUUCAUUUCCCCACAACUGUUAGACAAGCUUUCACAUAAAGUGACAAGUGGCAUGAUGCUUAAUUGUUGCUAGGGUUGAAGCUAUGUCCUUUGUUGUUGUAACUUUGUUGUUAAUGGAAAAUGCUGUUUUACAACCUGGGUCUUUUUCAUUUUUGGUCAUCGUCCCUAUUGCUUGUGCUAACAUUUUACUUAGCAGUUCAAUACAGCUUUACAUGGGCCACAAGCCGUCAGACAGGUUUAAAACAUGUCCAGUUAUCUGAACCUAGUUAUGUAAUCCGUUCAUUUGGAAGUAAAAACAACCAAGUAGUAGCUCUCCAAGAUCUUAAAGGGAUAUUCCAGCAAUUUAGUAUUCCACUUCAGUCAAUUUUGGGGACUUACAAAAGACAGAUUUUCAAAAUUGAAGCAGCCGAGCCCAAGCUGGUGACAUCAUCAGGGUUAUUUGAAAUGAAAUCUAUUUGAGGGUCAUUUUACACAGUAAAUAACAAAUCACUGAAAACAUUUGAGACGUAAAACUGCUGCUGCUCUGCUCUCUGUGGGCUCAAACAUCCAAGCACUUCCAGCCACACCCCGUCCACUUUUGUCACAGCAGGUGUUUGCCACUGACAGCUUUUUGCAGCUGUCAAAGUAAAACACCUGCUGUGACAACACUGAUGGGGGCGUGGCCAGUAAUGCAACAUACUUUCAAGUUUCAGCCCUUGCAGAGCAGAACAGCAGCAGUAAGUUCAGUGAUUUGCUGUUUAAAUCCUGCUUAUGCUGCCAUCUAGCGGUUCAAAUUUUCAUUUGGUAAUUUAGCAUGCCAUUUCAGGUGAUGCUACAAUUUGAUAGGUUCUUAAUUAUUCACUGCUUAACACACUCUUAAAUUGCAGUCUGUAAGCCAGUCACAAACUGGCCCAGGGUAAGUGACAGAAAGUCAGACAUGAAUAAAGGUUCAAAAUGAAAAGUAUUAUCAAUUUGUGCUAAAAUAGAAUAAUAUAUGAAUAAGGAUCAGCUCGGCAGAGGCCUGGACAGAAGAGAAGAGAGUGAGGUUAGAAACCACUUAAAGCUACUCAGGUGUAGACCAUUUCCUGAUGUCCUAGCCCACUCUGCCUUUUGUCCUCUGAACCAGGAAACCAAACCCCACACUCCACGCAGGCAGCGAGGGAGGAACGUCACAGCAAAUAUAAUGUCUUUCUGCAGACAGAAUAUGAGAUCAGUGCACAUUGUUUAGGACAUAUUGCAAUGUUCUUCUACUUUUGUGUAAUAUUGCUUACAUGUCUUUCUUUUUUUUUUAAGAUUAUUUUGGGGCAUUUUGCCCAUGUUUCUGAACAAAGGUCCCUGGUCAGAUUGAAAUGAAUUUAAAUGGUAUCUGGAGUCUUAUUUGACGCUCCCAUGCUCGUCUUUUAACUCUGUCCAGGUCCAUUCAGUUUGAAGCCACAAGAAGUAAUUUCACCAGGAAGAUGAACAAAAAGUCAUUUUCUGGAAUUCCAAAGGAUACUAUCAAUUAGUUCACAGCUCCCCUAGGUCACAUCACACCACACAGGGAGGAGAUAAAAGGUCAAAGUCAACUACAGAGCAGUGGCCCUGCAGCUGGCAGGGAUUCUUGCUCGAGGGCACUUCAGCAAGGCAGGGGUUGUUGUUGUUUUUUUUGUUGUUGUUGCCUACAUUGGGAAUAAAUAUAAUAUGACGAUCCUCUUGAAACUCGUACUUCUUGAAAUUCACCGUUUGAUUUGUGCGUUUGCGGUGCUCAGCCUACAUACUGUGCACUGCUGCGUUUGUGUGUCAGCAGCUUGAGAAUGAAGUCGUGCUGUUCGAUGCAUCAAACAAGAGGCAGAGGUGUAAAGUGCAGAUCGGUGGGCUCAGCUUCAAACAUCUUGCAGACCACGACCGUGCUGCAGGAGGCUCCAACAAACACCACAAAGACGUGUUAAGCAGCUAUUGCCGCCUGCGAGAUUAAAAUGGACCAAAAGUGGAUUCUGGUGAUUCUGGUGUUUUAUCAAAAAAUGACUCCAGGAGCUGGUGUAAACGUAACGGCAAAGGAGGGGGCGCAGGUUGAAAUCAGCUGUCAACCCCGUGAGACGGGAUCCAUGGUCGUCUGGUUUCGAGUGCUGGACCAAUCUGGGAUGGAAUUCAUCGCCUCUUUCAGCAACAACGGCAUCAGAAAGUCUCCCACAACCUCCCUCUCUCUCAUCUUCAGUGAAGCAAAGAUCGGCCAACAUAUCCUCACACUGCAGUCCUUCGACAAAGCUCGUGACAGCGGCGUGUACGGCUGCGCAUCACUGUACAAGGGUAUCGAACUGAAAUUCGGCCAAGUAACCCGACUGGAUGGAGAAAAAGUCGCAACAGGAGCGCCGCUGCCCAUCACCACGCAAACUCCAUGCACAACUACCACACCAUGUGUUUGUAACAACAAUAACAAUAAAGGGGAAACCAGUUUUUCCAUGUUUUGUACUCCAAUCAUACUGGUCCCACUGGCCGGCGGCUGUGGCCUCCUUCUGCUACUCCUCAUCAUCACCUCCCUGUACUGCAAUCACAUAAGGACACGGCGAUGCCCCCACCAUUACAAAAGAAAACCGCGGACGACGGCUUCUGGAACACAAAUGAAGACCAACAGACACAUUUAAUCUAAAUGGUGCAAUUUCUUUAAACUGCAAUUAUUUUCCAGUGUUGUGUUCUUGUUGCAGAAAUUAUUUUUUUGGCUUAUUUACAGCAGUUUAAUGACAUUCAUAGUGAAUAUUUUGCUGCCAACUUAUAAAGUUCUCAUUGCUCGAUAGAACGUAUAAAGUGUUUAAAGUGGUUCAAGGGUUCAACGCAUCAAAUACUUUCAAAGCUCCUCAUUGUCAACAUCCAGUUUAACUGCACUGUGGUUUGCUGGCCGAUAAUGCUGCGCUUUAGAUUCAGAUUGAACGCUUUUAAUGAAAUAAUGUGAUAUAAAAUGUGUAUUUAUCCAAUCCCCAUGAAUGUUGAUAAUACUAGAAACCACUGAAGUCCUGAGAAUAUUAGAAUUCAGCACUCUGAUUCAUGUCCUAUUGAAAUGUUUGCAAACAUUGUAUUGAAUCCAUUUUGCUAUUGUAUGGAUUUCAUUUUCAUUCAGAAUCUGUACUUUUGACAGCCUGUUUACUUUAUGCAGCAUAUUUUUGACCUUAAUUACUGUACUGUCCUUUAGUUUUGUGAUUUAAACAAGAACUUAACUUGCCUUUAGCCCUUGAAAAAUUAAAUGACCACAGUUGAGAAAACGAUAAUAUAACUUCCAGCAGGAGGAUGAAAUGUUCAAAAAUUCUUUUUUUUUUAUUUCUCCAAAGAAUUUAUCGUAAUCAAACUUCAAAGUAAUGAGGAACAAAUUUGAAACAUUAGUUCUGUUUUGUUGUACAGUAUUUUAAGAAUCAUCCCACUCUCUGAAUCUUUGUAACUUGAAAUAUUGUAAACACAAAUAAAAUAUAUGAUACCACUCAGACAAGCCUUCUUUCUCGGCUGCAAUGAAUUGUAUUUGUCUUUAUUUAUGUUUCUUAUUUUAUAAUUUUUUUUCACACAUCAAACCCACUCAUUUGCAUCCCCAUCAGUCAUUCAGGGUCCUGUCACAGAAACAUAAAGUUAAACAUGUAGUUUGAGCGAAAGAAAUGUGAUUCGUUUUAAGCCCCCCCCCCCGAGUCAAAAGGAAGUGGGCUGCUACAACUGCAUGUAGAGUGAAAAACCACUAAGUCAGGAGGAGAGAAAAAUACUUUCAGAGGAGAUUCUGUUCCCGUUCAGUUUAACACACAUUUCCCUUGCACCUUUAAGAAAACAGUGUUUAUUGAUUUCCUGCAGGAUGUAGCCUUUUCUCCACAUAUCCAGGCAGUUCGUGUUAGUUUUUGCUUCUCAUUUUAGACACAAAUCGUAGACACCAGACUCUACAUACAGCGACUUCCCUGGUUUUAUUUAAUUAGUAUUCCCGCAUCUAAAAUACCACCAUAUAUUUUGACUCACACCCACACAAAAUCUUUGACAUGAAAAAAAAAAGCUAACUUGGGGAAAGUAUAUUGAUUUUUGACUUUUACAGUUGAAAGCCCUUUGUAAAUUAUACAGUGUUGUCUUAUAUAGAGAUGUCUUUUCUUUUUUCUUUUUUUACAGUAU